UGGCAAACGCUUUAAGGCGUUCUCCGUCUGCAAUAAUUUGCUGACGCGUGGCGAGGAGUACUCCCACACGUGCUUAUACUGCCCGUCACUGCCCGAAGACAUUCAAGACGCGGUGCAACUGACCGGUCACAAGAACAACUAUACAAAACUAAUGUUUGAAUAAUAACUAAAAAUGGACGAAGAAUCAUUAACUGUCUUGCUUAUUGCUCAAUGUUGGAAUCUUUGUGUAAUGUUAUUGCUUGCAAAAAUGCAAUUAAAGAAAAGAAGGAUCAGGCGUUGGUGGGUAAGACCAGUUAAUUAUUCUCGAGAGAAUCAAGGAGUCUAUAGAAACCUGUUUGGAGAAUUGAGAACUACAGACCAUGAAGAAUUCUUCGAUUAUACACGCAUGAAUGUGCACCAGUUUGAUUAUCUUUGUGAUUUGCUGAGACCAUACUUAACUAAGCGAAGUAUCAGAACUCCAUUGCCUAUACAGUUACGCGUGGCCAUGACUCUUGAGAUACUAGCCCGAGGGACAUCAGUUAGGACGUCUUCAUGGAGUUAUAGAAUUGGGCGUUCCACUGCACAUAAAGUGUUCAACGAAACCUGCAAGGCUUUGUGGGUAGCUCUUCAACCGAUAUAUCUGCAGGCACCAACAAGAGAGACUAUGAUGCAGAUAUCUGAGGAUUUCUUCAACCGAUGGCAGUUUCCCAACUGUGUCGGAGCGAUUGACGGCAAACAUAUAUCGAUACAGUGCCCUCCAAAAACUGGCUCUCAGUUUUACAGCUCUUACAAAAAGAGAUUUUCGAUAAAUCUCAUGGCUGCAUGUGAUGCUAAAUACCGUUUUACAUGGGUGGAUAUUGGCGAUUACGGUGAGUACUCCUUGUACAACAAUGAUUGA